GCUAAGGCGACGGUGACUUGUUGAGUGCAUUUUAGAGUGGAAUUUCUUUUAAUAAAAAAAAAAACAAAGAGUAAUCCUAGUCUCGAUAGUAUGAAUCAUGUAACCACUUGAGAUCGAUUGCUAGGCUUGUUGACACAAAGCAUUCUACUCUUAUCCAUCAAAAGUAAGGGAAAAAAAUGAUUACCAGUUAAAUACAGAUACUUGAUUGUAUAACGCUGGAAAAUACUUAUUUACCUUUUGAUUAGUAGUUAGUAGAUAGGCUAUAGGCAUACCAAAACACCCCCUCUCCUCUUAAACUGUUUUGGUACCCGAUGAAGGAGUGGGAUAGUUUCCCUCUCUCACGCAUACUAAAACAUUCCCUCUCCUCUCAGAGUGUUUUAAUACCUGAUGAAAGAGAGGGAAUAGUUCUCCCCACUCUCCCUUAUGUUUUGGAAUGUCUAUAGCGUUCUCUUACGUGUUCUAGUACCCGAGAUGAAAAGAGUGGGAUAUGUUUCCCUUUCUCAUGUGUUUUAGUAACCAACGAGAGAAAGAGUGGGAUGGUUUCCCACCACUUUCAAUUCCCUUCCCUAUACAAGUCUGAAUUUGUAGAUUUUCACCGCCUACAAAGAAAAGCUAUUGGCUACUUUUUUUUAAUGGAAGGGGCAGCCUUUUUUUUCAGAGAUACACACGAUCUGAUAGGGCCUUUUUUCUCACUCGGAUGGAUGUGAAAUCGAAAAGGGCCUGCAGCGAGCUCGGAGAUGUACACGAUCUAAUGGGCCUUAUGAGCACCCUAAUGGCUUGGACCUUGUUUUUUAUGUACACUAGCCAUUACGGCGUCUAGAAAUUUUCUCAAAGGUAUACGGGGUGAUAAAGCAAAUGUGUUGGGCCGAACUGAUAAGUAGAUGGAGCGUAAAAAAAUUGUACACUGCGCGCUUGAGUCUAAAAAUGUGUACACAAGCCAUUACGGAGUCUGCGCGCAGAGAUUCAAUCACAAGCUAUAGGAAGGGUCUUAGAAAUUUUCUCGGUCAAGAAAAGGUCGUGGAUUAGUCGAAGAGUGUUUCUGCGCGUUUAUGAAGAUAAGCAGUGUACAUUUUUUUAGCGGGGGUGUGCACAAACUGUAGCGUUUUGAGAAUUAGGGUGGAAAAAUGUUCACCAAUCAGAGGAUUUUUCAAGAAGGUUGUGGAAAGAGGAACUCAACCAAUCGGAGAACUUUUCCAGGAGAGUUGUAGAACUAGGGAGGAAAAAUUUCACCAAUCAGAGGAUUUUUGUAGGAGAGUCAUAAAAAGAGCAAGCUAAAAUUUGGGUCCCAGUGCUAAUUGCAGUCAGUUCAGUCAUCGAUUUUUCAAUUUCACAAGUUUGAAGAAAGAUCAAGAUGGCAACGAAGAAGUCGAGUUCCAGAAGAAGUAGUAUUCGAGUCGCCCAGGAGCGCAUACGUUGGCUGGUGUCCAACGCACCGACUCUAUUGACUAUGCUGGAGUACGUCUCCUGGUCGAUGGAGGUAAUGGAAAGGUUGCCGCCACUGCCGUCUAAUGCUGAUUUGCAGAAGUUAUACAGCAAAUCGCAAAGCUCUUCAGCGGAGAACGCUAAGGUGAGCUCACGGCAUCCUGGCCGUUCGUCGACAGUUGACGAUGUCAAUCCUCGACGAUCCCAGGCGGCUGAGGAGCGCCGACGAUCCCCGACUGCAGCAGAACCGUCGCAGUCCCGACGAUCCCCGGUGGCUGAACCAUUACAGUCCCGACGAUCCCCGACUGCAGCAGAACCGUCGCAGUCCCGACGAUCCCCGUCAGUACUGGGAUCUCAGCCCCGAGGAAACCGGUCUCGAUCGUACAGUUCGAGCAGUUCGAGCAGUUCGAGCAGUUCGAGCAGUUCGAGCAGUUCGAGCAGUUCGAGCAGUUCCAGUUCGAGCGGAACGUCAUCGUUUAUAAGCAUACAUGAUCUUGGGCCGAUUUCCAAGCGGAAAUUAAAUGAAGACAAAGGCGGGAAUGAGCAGAAGAAAAGGGCAUCUGGUGAGAUGUCUCCAAAAGCAGGAACAUUGAGGAUGGACAUGGGAGCUACGAGACCAGUUUGUGAAAGACGGGGCCGUUUACAACUGAAGCGGACAGACAGCACUGCUGAUAAAAACGUAAAAAAUAGCAGCACUCAACAUGAGCAGCAGCAACAACAGCAGCAGCAGCAACAACAGCAACAGCAGCAGCAACAGCAACAACAUCGGCAGCAACAACAACAACAGCGGCAUCAACAUCGACAACAUCAUCAACGCAAUCUACCAAGAAUUGUAUGACGAAAUUAUUGUAGAUCCAAUUGAUGUAUCAAAAAUUUUUAACGAUUGUAAAAAAAGAAAAUAAAUUUAAAAAAAUUGUUGA